CUCGGUAAUUUUUGACAUUUUGAAGGGCAAUUGCCAAUUAAGUAAAAAGAUACUAGAUAGCAUAUUCAGUACUGUAUAUUAGAAUAAUUUUUUAUGUACUGUAAGCUUAAGUAAUUUGUUGAGAAUUGUCUUAUUUAUUUCUGUUAGUUGUAGUUAAAAAUUAAUUAAAUUGUCAAAAUGCAAACUAAUGUAUUCUGUAGAUUAUCUGCGGGCAUAAAGCCAACUGUGUUAAGAAAAUACAACCGUAUAGAAAUUGGUGAUGUAUUCUCUGUUGUGAAUCGCCGUUAUUCUAGUGGUGAUUCUGUGGAUUUAGUUGUCAUUGGUUCAGGACCUGGUGGCUAUGUAGCUGCUAUCAAAGCUGCCCAGUUAGGCCUAAAUACUGUAUGUGUUGAAAAAAACCCAACACUUGGUGGCACAUGUUUAAAUGUGGGGUGUAUUCCUUCUAAAGCUCUACUAAAUAACUCACAUUACUAUCACAUGGCUCAUUCUGGUCAACUAAACAGCCGAGGAAUUGAAGUUGAGAAUGUCAAGCUAAAUCUAGAUGCAUUAAUGAAAACUAAAACUAAUGCUGUUAGUGCUUUAACUGGUGGUAUUGCACAUUUAUUCAAAUCCAACAAAGUUACAUUAGCAAAAGGGCAUGGUAAAAUAAAGGAUCCAAACACAGUGUCGGUACUCAAAGAAGAUGGUUCCUCAGAAGAUAUAAAAACUAAGAAUAUUCUUAUAGCUACUGGAUCCGAAGUAACACCAUUUCCAGGAAUUGAAAUAGAUGAAGAAACUGUGGUUUCUUCUACAGGAGCCUUAAAACUUUCAAAAGUCCCAAAUAAAAUGAUUGUUAUUGGAGCAGGUGUCAUUGGACUUGAGCUAGGAUCUGUAUGGAGUCGUUUAGGUGCACAAGUAACCGCUAUUGAGUUCAUGCCUUCAAUUGGUGGUAUUGGAAUCGAUGGUGAAAUAUCUAAACAGUUUCAGAAAAUAUUGACUAAACAAGGUAUUGCGUUCAAGUUGGGUACUAAAGUAAUAAGUGCUAAUAAAUCUGGUGGAAACAUUUUUGUGGAUGUUGAAAAUGCUAAAGAUCCGUCGAAAAAAGAAACUUUGGAUUGUGAUGUGCUGUUAGUUAGUGUAGGACGACGACCUUAUACCGAAAAUUUAGGACUUGAAGAAAAUAGCAUUGAAAGAGAUGCUAAGGGUAGAAUACCUGUGAACUCUCGGUUCCAAACUGUUAUACCAAAUGUUUUCGCUAUUGGUGAUUGUAUUCAUGGUCCCAUGUUGGCACAUAAAGCAGAGGAUGAAGGUAUAGUUUGUGUUGAAGGUAUUACUGGUGCUCCUGUACAUAUUGACUACAAUUGUGUGCCAUCUGUAAUCUAUACUCACCCAGAAGUAGCAUGGGUUGGAAAAUCUGAAGAAGAUUUAAAAAAUGAAGGUGUCGACUACAAAAUAGGAAAAUUUCCAUUUGCUGCAAAUAGUAGAGCAAAAACUAAUAAUGAAACUGAUGGUUUUAUAAAAGUAGUUGCUGACAAAGCUACAGACAAAUUAUUAGGAUGUCACUUAAUCGGACCUGGUGUUGGGGAGAUAGUAAAUGAAGUUGUAUUGGCUAUGGAAUAUGGUGCAUCAUGUGAAGAUAUAGCUAGAGUGUGUCAUGCACAUCCGACUUGUUCAGAAGCAUUGCGUGAAGCCAAUUUAGCAGCAUAUUUUGGAAAAGCCAUAAACUUUAGUUAAUUAAUCCUCUUUUAAAAAUUUUCAAAUUAUACAUAUGUGACCUUUAACUUGCAAAUGGAAUGGCAACUUAUUGCUUUAGUUACUCUUUUUUUUUUUUUUAGUUUUUACUUAAAUUUUGUACUCUGAAAGUUGCUUCUAUUAAAAAUUAUGUCAUUUUCUUAAUGUAAAAUAAUAAUUAUUAAGAAUUUUUACCUCUCUUUGUCUAUCACUUAAGCAUAAUAAAGUUAAUAUUUGUUUUGAA